AUGGCAGUCCACCAUAAAAGAGCUGGGAGCCACCGAGGCAGGGGAUCUAAAGCUGGUCGGAGUAGAGGGCGCAAGUUUGAGACCUCUAGGCUCAAGGACGUCAGCCAGGAUGAAUCGUCCGGAAAGGAGGAAAAUGAACAUGUUGAGCCGGAAGAGGAAAUGGAUGAUAGCGAAGCGUCCGAUGUGUCUUCGGAGAGUGACUUAGACGAACCACCAAAAGAGAACUCAUACAGCACGCUGCUGAAACUCCUAAAUAGCAAUGCAAAAUCGAGCGAACCAGCGCGCAAGAAACGGAAGAUAAAAGCCGAUGAACAAGAUACAACUCAGGUAGAGGUAUCCAUGCGUACGACAGAGGAUGUCAAACAGGUAGACGAAGUGGCCGACACAGAGGCAUCUGAGGAUGAGAAUAUGGACAAUGAAGGCUUACAUGAGGAGGAUGACGCCGAUGGCAUAGGGUCUGACGGAAAUCACGACAUGUUUGAGAUACACUUCGGAAACCCUGACGAGACCGAGCUAUCAAAGAGAAUUGAAAGUUGCUCUCGACAAUGGAAAUCUACAAAAGCAGAUCUUAUUGAUGGGCUGUAUUCUGUAGCGUCUAAGCCAGACGUGGGAGAUUCAUUAAGUACCAGUCUGCCUACAACACCCUCGCCCGCAGAUCUUAAGCUCAAACAAAACCUAGCAAAGGCUGCUGUAUCAUUCGACGGGCUUAAUAGCUGUCUCACUCCCUACAUAUUUGGAUACUACGACACCCUCUUUUGCUCUCGAACAACACAUAAUUCUGCUAAGCUGCGGGAUCUAUACUGUCUACAUGCUCUGAAUCAUGUUUUAAAAACAAGAGACCGUGUGAUUAAGAACAGUGCUAUCUUAUCAAGGGAAGACAGUGGUGACAUAGAACUCCGAGACCAGGGCUUCACGCGGCCGAAGGUCCUGAUAAUACUCCCAACUAGACAGGCAUGUGUUCGGGUUGUUGACUCUCUCACUAAGCUCUAUCCCAUGGAACAGCAAGAGAACAAGAAACGGUUCAUGGAUAGCUUUUCGGCCGCGGAUAGUGACGACUGGGGUCACAAGCCGGACGACUUUAAGGAGCUGUUUGGAGGUAAUGACGACGACAUGUUUCGGCUGGGCUUGAAGUUCACCCGGAAAUCCCUUAAAUUCUUUUCGCAGUUUUAUAGCUCUGAUAUCAUCAUCUCCAGCCCGCUUGGACUGCGUACUGCCAUAGAGAAGGAAGGGGGGAAGAAACUCGGGAAUGACUUUUUGUCUUCAAUCGAGAUGGUGAUUGUUGACCAUGCAGAUGCCCUCAUCAUGCAAAACUGGGACCAUGUCGAGUAUAUCUUCUCCAACCUCAAUCUCCAGCCAAAGGAGGCACAUGGCUGCGACUUUAGCAGAGUGAGGCAAUGGUACCUCGACGGCCACGGAAAGUUCGUCCGCCAAACAUUGGUUUUCUCAGCUUUCAACACCCCCGAGCUGAACGCACUGUACAACACACAAAUGCAGAAUGUCUUUGGCAAGGCAAAGAUCAUGCCCAAGUACGAGGGUGCCAUGUUGAAUCUCCGACUCCCUGUUUCCAUCAAACAAACCUUUUCCCGUUUUGAUUCGGCCUCACCGUUGAAGGACCCCGAAGCUCGAUUCCAGUACUUCACUCGAACUGUCCUUGCUAGCCUUGCUCGAGGCUGGAUAGAAUCAAGUUCUGGAAAGGGGAAAUCCGGUGGGACACUGAUAUUUAUCCCGUCGUACCUUGAUUUUGUCCGUGUUCGGAACCAUUUUGCCAAUUCUUCUCAGACGGAGAAUAUAUCCUUCGGGCUGAUAUCAGAGUAUACAUCUGUGCGUGACUCUUCAAGGGCUAGGAGUCACUUUAUGAAUGGAAGACAUUCAGUUCUCCUAUAUACGGAGCGAGCACAUCAUUUCCGCCGAUAUAAUAUCCGGGGCGUCACUAAUGUUGUGAUGUACGGGUUACCCGAUAACCCGAUAUUCUGGGGAGACCUGGUUGAGUAUUUGGGAUCUGCUGCUAGCGGUGCGGUUACACCUACGCUUAGGGUUCUUUUCUCAAAAUGGGAUGCUCUGAAGCUGGAGAGAGUAGUUGGAACUGCUAGGGUUCGAAGCAUGUUGCUGGAAAAGGGGGGGGAUACCUUUACCUUUGUAUAG